GCCUCCUGGACGGAGAGGCGGAGACCAGCCCUGCUUGUGGGGACUAGAGAGUUGGUUGUGGGGCCGGCUUUUGGGUGGGUCUGAAAGCAGGCUUCCUCUUCUCUCCACCCCAAGUCCGUAACCUGGCUGGCGCUGCGAUUCUGUCGAGUGUUUCAAUCGGUUCAAGGCUGAGGCAGGCGUGGGGCCAAGUUGGUCUGCCGAGGUGGUCAAGCCUAGUAUACAGAAGUUGAAACACUUCCCAGGAAGAGAUGCAAGAAACAUUCAGGGCUAGUAGCAGGAAGAGCACCAAUUAGCUGAGAUCAGCUACAGUGCCAAUGCACUCUGGACAACCUGGAUUCCUUUGGAAGGCUCCUGAUGCCACAUAUGGCCAUGCAUGGCCUUGUUUUGUCUCUCGUGCUCAUCCUUCUGGCUGGUGGGGCUGAAGCCUUUCGUAUCUGUGCCUUCAAUGCCCAGAGACUGGCACAGCCCAAGGUGGCCAAGAAGUCAGUGAUGGAUACCUUAGUUCAGAUCCUGGCCCGAUGUGAUAUCACGGUUCUUCAGGAGGUGGUGGAUUCUUCCCAGAAAACAGUCUCCCUUCUGCUUCAAGAACUUAAUAGAUUUGAGGGUUCCAGGAGUUACAGCUUCCUAAACAGCUCCCUGCUGGGGCGUAGCACAUACAAAGAGAAGUAUGUGUAUAUCUACCGGUCUGACAAGACACAGGUCUUGAGUUCUUACCAGUACAAUGACACAGAUGAUGUUUUCGCCAGAGAACCAUUUGUGGCCCAGUUUACUCUCCCUAGCAAAAUUCUUCCAAAUGUGGUUCUGGUUCCACUCCACACUACUCCUAAGGAUGUAGAGAAGGAGCUGAAUGCCCUAUAUGAUGUGUUUCUGGAUGUCUCCCAACGCUGGCAAAAUGAGGAUGUGAUCCUGCUUGGGGACUUCAAUGCUGACUGUGCAUCACUGACUAAAAAGCGUCUCAACAGCCUGCUACUACGGACUAAAGCAGGCUUCCACUGGGUGAUUUCUGAUGGUGAGGACACUACAGUGAGGGCCAGCACCAACUGUACCUAUGACCGAAUUGUGAUGCAUGGGCAGGGCUGUCAGACACUGCUGAAGGCUGCAGCCCCCUUCAACUUCCCCAGGAGCUUUCAACUGACUGAGGAAGAGGCUCUCAGAAUCAGUGACCAUUAUCCUGUGGAGGUGGAGCUGAGCCAGGCAGCUCAGGGCAUCCAACCUUUCAUGUUGGCCAUUCUGCUGCUGCUGUCACUUUUUCCAUCUCAGCUGUGCUAGCUCCUUUCAGAUGGCCGCUGACUUGACUAGGACACUGGCAUCUCGUGGAGUUAAAGCAAGGCCUCAAGGCUUCAACUACAGCUUUUCCUUCUGUUUUUAUAUAGGCUUUCUGCUGCUUGCUAUUUCAAGAGGGAGACAGGGCUGGCAAUGUUCUUACCUACUAUAUCCAAUGCCCUGGGGUUGAUUCCUUUUUGAAAUAGGAUUCAUUACUGUAUGCAACUCCAACUCAGGUAGUCAGGUACACAAAGGAGGUUCCAGGACUAGGAAUGAGCUAAAGAACUCUGACUACAUCUUAAGAUUUAUGCAACUAGGGCUGGAGAAAUGGCUCAGCAGUUAAGAGCACUGACUGCUCUUCCAGGACCUGGGUUCAAUUCCCAGCACCCAUAUGGCAGCUCACAACUGAAAAUCCAGUUCCAGGGGACCUGACACCUUUACACCAAUGCACAUAAAAAAAAUCAUAAGAUUAAAAAAAAAUCAUACAACUGACAUCAAGAGCCAGAUAGGAAGUCUAAGUGUCCUAGAAACCUUACAGAAAAUGAACUCACACUAAAAAAAAAACCUCAGACACGAACUUAUUUAUCACUAGCUUACAAAAACUCUGGUAGAUAAAGUGUUCCAAAUUUCUAGACGUAGCUAAUCCUGCUUCUCAAAUGGCUAAACUAUAUGGGCUAGCCUUGUCUCUGGGCCACAUAUCUAUUGUAUGGCGCACUUAGUAUUCAUAUACUUAAUUACAUGGCUGUCAGGGAUAUCAGGCAAAAUAUCCCAAUAAAGUCACUAAUUUUAA